UCUGGAGACACGUCAAACAAGACCAACCAGAGGCAGCCACAUAGAGGUCAUAGAGAAGCUCUUUUUCCUGUAAGAGUUCUGAGGCCUUUUGUCUGCGGAUUCAAUGGCCUUAGCUGGGGCAGUGAAGCUCUUUUUCUGUUUGGUUCUAUGGCUCUCCUGCAUACUCUCUUGUUCUCAAGGUAAGCAGAAUUUCUCGGAAUUCCCAUACCCGUUUAUCAAGCGAGCGAGCUGGUUCUCGUCGUCAUCAUCAUCAUCCACCGGCUCAACAUCAUCGAGUGGUGGCAACAAUGCUUAUGAUUACAUAGUAGUGGGAGGUGGCACAGCCGGGUGUCCUUUGGCUGCCACCCUUUCUCAAAACUUCAGUGUUCUAUUGCUUGAAAGAGGGGGUGCUCCUUUCUCCAAUGCAAACGUCUCAUUUCUGGGAAACUUCCACAUUGCCCUAGCAGACAUCUCUCCAACUUCUGCUUCCCAAGCCUUUGUUUCCACAGAUGGGGUCAUUAAUGCUAGGGCUAGAGUUUUGGGCGGUGGCACAGGCAUCAAUGCUGGCUUUUACACCCGAGCAAGCUCAAGUUUUAUAAACAAGGUGGGUUGGGAUGCCAAGCUAGUGAACGAGUCCUACCCUUGGGUUGAGAAGCAGAUUGUCCAUCGUCCUAAUCUUGCGCCAUGGCAGAGAGCUGUAAGGGACAGUCUUCUGGAUGUUGGGGUGUCUCCCUUUAAUGGAUUCACAUAUGAUCACAUCUAUGGAACCAAGAUUGGCGGGACCAUUUUCGACAGGUUCGGCCGUCGCCACACUGCUGCUGAACUACUUGCUUCCGGGAACCCUCAGAAGCUCACUGUCUUGGUUCAUGCCACUGUCCAAAAGAUUGUUUUUGACACAUCAGGAAAGCAGCCCAAGGCUGUGGGGGUCAUUUUCAAGGACGAAAAGGGUGAGCAACAUCAAGCACUUCUUGUCAAUAGGCCGAGGAGUGAAAUCAUAUUAUCUACUGGAGCAAUUGCGACCCCUCAAAUGCUAAUGCUGAGUGGUAUCGGACCAAAAGCUGAUCUCCAAAAGUUGAAAAUUCCUGUAGUGCUUGAUAACGAGUUUGUCGGGAAGGGCAUGGCGGAUAACCCCAUGAACUCAAUUUUCGUUCCCACAAAAAGUCCAGUUCAGCAGUCACUCAUACAAACUGUAGGGAUUACAAAGAAGGGUGUGUAUAUUGAAGCUAGCAGUGGAUUUGGACAGUCCAGCGACAGCAUUCACUGCCACCACGGUAUAGUGUCUGCCGAGAUUGGGCAGCUCUCCACGAUUCCUCCAAAGCAAAGAACACCCGAGGCCAUUCAAGCUUACAUUAAACGCAAGCGAGACUUACCCCAUGAAGCGUUCAAGGGAGGCUUCAUUCUAGAAAAAAUUGCCACCCCCAUUUCAACAGGUGAGCUCAGACUGAUCAACACCAAUGUGGAUGAUAACCCCUCUGUCACCUUCAACUACUUCAAGCAUCCAUAUGAUCUUGAACGCUGCGUUGAGGGCAUUCGCAUGGCCAUGACGAUUGUCCAGUCUGAACAUGUCACAAACUACACACAGUUGGGCAAGGAAUCUGUAGAGAAGAUACUUAACAUGAGUGUCAGUGCUAAUGUUAACUUCAUCCCUAGGCAUCCGAAUGACACAUCGUCCCUGGAGCAGUUCUGCAAAGACACUGUUAUCACAAUUUGGCAUUACCAUGGCGGGUGCCAUGUGGGCAAGGUGGUUAGCCCCGAGCACAACGUUCUUGGUGUUCAGAGGCUCCGUAUUGUUGAUGGCUCAACGUUCAAUGAAUCACCAGGCACGAACCCUCAAGGCACAGUCCUGAUGAUGGGCAGGUACAUGGGAGUGAAGAUUUUGAGGGAUAGAUUGGGAAGAACAGCUGGCAUAUGAGGAAGGAAGGUCGGGGAGGAAGAUAUAAGAAGGGAAGUGUUGUUCAGUAAUAGUACUGGAAAUUAUGUAAUCUAGUAUUUUAACUAUUAGCAAGCAGCACUGUGUAGAAAUGGCUUGCCAUUGCAAAUCCUUAUUCCACUGUAGUUUUUUGUAAUUUUAAAAUGUAUUGCUGACAACUUUUGAUAUU